AUUGUUAAGAGAAAUAAAUUUUAACGAAAACAAUUUACAUAACAUGGAAAAUAAUCUAGUUUAUUGAAAGUUCAUUUUUCUCAUCAACUCUUAUCAGAAAAUACAACAAUAAAUCAAAAAAAAAGAAAAAAAUUAACGAUGGAAAAAACUCUUGAUAUUCCAUGGCCAUUUGAUUGUUUUGGAUUAGUGGCAACUGGAGCUACCUUAGGUGUGUUGGCUAUAUUACUUGUUUUAUUCCUAUUACUUUUGUGCCUUCCAUGGAAUAAGUGUGAUCGAUACUGUUCUUGCUGUCGUUGUUGGCUUUUUAGUUCAAAUGAGAAUAUUCACAGACAGUCAGAUGAUGCAUUUCGUGCAGCCAGAAUGCCUGGAGAGUACCCUAUGCCAAUGUUUGACUUCAUCCCACCAUCUGCACUACCUAAAUUACCAAACUACGAAGAAUGCGUAAAUACUGGGCCACCAGCAAAUGACGAAGCUCCACCUCCACCAACCCCACUUUCUUUUUAUUCAGCUAAUUCAAAUGGUCAACCAGCCUUACGUCUUACUAUCCACAGUCAACCCGACUUAGUUGCUCAUAUUAACAGUUCUCAAGCACUUGCUAGUCCUUUAUCCACACCUCCACCAACUUAUUCAUCAACUUGUUUGCACAGGCCAUCAACGACGAGUCGAGCAGUUGAAGGCACAUCUCGAACAGUUGAAAACUCAUCUCAUACAACAUCAAGGCAAUUAUCGGUGGACCGUUAAUUAAUUGUUAUCUUAAUAUUUUUCCUAAUUACGGUUUUCUACUCUCGAAAUGGUGGAUUACUUGUUUCUCUCUGUUGUAUCUUAUACCAUUCUUUAAGUUGUGGGUGUUUUGGUCUCUCUUUCUUGUUUUAAUUACAAAUAUAGAGAUGAAAAUACGUUUCUGUGAUCAUUGAACAGUUACGUUAAUAUACUACUAAGAUUUUGAUGAGUAGUUAUAAAUCUUAGAGAUAAAAUAAUCAAUUCAGAUUUUUUUCUAGAUAUUUUUUUAUCAACCUUUCACUUUGUUUCCCUUUUGAAAUAUCAAACAUAUCAAGGAUUUUCUGAUAACAAAUAACACAAGCGUAUACUUUCGUGGUUGUCUGCUGUUAUAUAAGAAAAUUAAAUAUACUUAUAGAUAUAUAUCACACUCUUUUAUUUGUUUUAAAAAACAAUAUUUCCAAAUAUUUCCUUUAUACCAUCAGGCAUCAUAUCAAAGCCAAUUUCAUAUUUAUAUCUCCGUAGUUGUUUGAUGAAGCUUUCUGGAAAUUUUUUUCCUAAUUUUGGACGCUUUUCAUUAACACGCAAUUGAGGCUUGUUUAGAAUUUACGUUGCAUCAGACAGAAAUCCCCAUGCCUAUCGGAUCUGUAAAUGAAAUUAUACAAAGCAUUUACAUAGGCAGGAUCCGACAUUUAUUGAUAAUGAAUUUUUAUAUAACAGAAAAAUUACGGAAUAUGAAGUCUGAAAAAAUAUGGUCACU